CUCGUGUGCAGACGCGGCUUCUGCAGGCACAGGAGGAAUACGACAUCGGGACUCUUCUUCGGUGCCUAGAAGUUUUGCAGUCCCGAUACGAAGUCGACGUUGAACUUGAGCACAGCGACGCUUUUAGGCUCUUGAAACAGCUCCAAUCUGCGGAUCUCGUACGACAGAAAUUAGAGUUGACGCGUGCAGCACUGCAAAAACGACUCGCAGCUCUGGUUCCGUUCGACUACAAUUUCGAAAGAUUGAGGAAGACAUUUGAAGAAGACGGGCGUCGCCGUGGGGCAAACACCACUGGAGAGCACAACCACGUACAAUUCGCUUCAACUACGCCACCACCUAGUGAAAUCUUGUCUUCCAUUCUGAGCUCGUCAGGCACAGGGUCUCACUUUGCAGUUGUAUCGUCGCCCGCAGCGAGCAGUCCCAUUCGAGACCCUAUUCCUGAAGUGCUGGGCUACCAUAUAGACUUGGAUACGACGACGAACAUCGCGAUAGAUCGUACGCGCACCUUGCUAGAGAAGCUUCAGGAAAAACACGCAGCGAAAGACACAGAGACCAGUACCACUUCUGAGGUAUUGGCAACUCGU